AUGGUGUCUCGAGGGACGGGGUCAACCCAAGAGUCCCGUUCUAUCACGCGUGUGCCUAACCAACAAUACAUCGAAGAGCAGGGAUCCACUGCCACUGUAGAACUCGGUGCAUUCGUGCAUGUUCCGAUUCAACAAGCCAUUGAAGAUGCAGACUCGACGCGAGAAAAGACUCCUAUGACGCAUAUUGUUAACCGACAAGGACUCCAAGGUCCACAGACGACACAAUAUACCAAUUCAUCAACGCACGCUCCGGAAACACAAGCCAUCGAAGAUGAAGAGUCGACCCAAGAAUUCACGGUCCCGCCACACGCCCCCCGGUUCCAAGAUGCCUUACGUGAAGUUAUUGCUUCAGCUUCAACGGAUAUUCCUGAUAGACAAGUCAUCGGAGAUGAUGAGACCACUCAAGAAUUUACUGCUUCAACUAUCACACACGUUCCCAAUGGGCCAGCUAUAGAAGGUCAAGAAGCUGCUCAGAAAUUGACUGCUUCAGCUUCAACAGAUGUUCCUGAUCGACAAGCUUUGGAUUGUGACGAGACAACUCAAGAAUUUACUGCUUCGACCAUCAUACAGAUUCCUGAUCAACAGGCCUUUGGCGACGAAGAGAGAACCGAAGAACAUACUGCUCCAAAUGCGACACAAGUUGCUGAACGACCAGCUAUUGAACACGAGGAGACGGCCCAAGGUCACAUUGCUUCAGAACGCAAUACAGAUGAUUCAAAGUCAGAUCAUGAAUCCACCGCCUCAUCAUCGACGCACAACUCUGGUAGACACGCCGCUGAGACCCAGGAGACAGCUCAAGAAGUCCCUAUCUCGACUUCCUUUGCCGCAAACCUCCCUGAUAGACAAGUUGUUGAAGCUGAUGCCCUCACUCCUGUACCUCCGUUCACCAUAACACCUCUGCCAUCCACCGCUCUUACGCACGCCACUGGUACGCAUGCCAUGGAAGCUCGCCAAGAGGACAGCCAACCUUGCCGUGCGGGCCCUGCUUCUUAUGCCGCUUCGAUCCACGAAGUUGCUGCUACUUCCUCCUCGUCUGAAGUGCGGACCGAAGCACGAAACACUGAGAUACCGAAGAAAGACGACGAACAGCGGCCAGAAAUCAGCAAAGAAAUCAUCAGUGCCUCCACGACUGUGCCGAGUGCUCGGCUCACCAUCGCGUACAAUCGCCGUUUCAUUGCCAACGACAAAGAUCUGAGCAAAGAUGUCGUACGCCAUCCGAGGACUGCCACUGGAUGGGACUUGAUCAGCGUUGUCCAAAGCGCAAAACAUGCCGACUUUAUGAUCAACCUGUCAUAUCACAACCGCCCUGUUGAAGAAGCCGUUCGUCGCUUUAUCCCGUACUCUCUCUCUCUCCAACUCAUCUUCCAGCCAGCCAGCGACAACUGUGUCUUGUCCAACCGCGGUGGUGCGAAAUUCUACUUGGAGCACCUGGAAGCGGCAUGUGCAUGCACUCGAAACACAAUUGAUAGCAUGCAGUGCCACGUCUUACUCCCUGGCAUGUGGAGGAUCCUGACGCGUAGUGAGAAGCCGCACGAGGAUGAGGAGUACAGCCUAGUUCAGUGGUUGAUACUGCCGAGAAAAUUCACUGCUUCAGCCGAUGGCGAAUCGACCAAACGACAGAAGCUCAGCGAGACCCGUCGGGUUCGGAAACACCAGGAUACAGCAAUCCUCAUCAGGGAUCUUGGAGAUGGGCAGUCCAUGCGUAUUCGGCGUGUGCCAGGCGACACGGCAGAUUAUGAGUUGCAGCGCAUCAAGCACAUUGCCUCGACGGCGUCCGCAUAUGUCUUUGCGUGCCGGCACUCCAAAGUGGCUGGGCCUUUGGCUGUCAAGGUUAUCGACUAUGACACUGAAUCCGUCAACCGGUUCAACAGAAGAGCAGCCGCCCAUCUGACUGCCCUUGUGGCAGCCUGGAAUCGGGAGUUGACUUUCUUGCAAACAUUCAACCAUAACCACAUCGUUUCGCUCAAGGCCUUUGAUGGCCGUUUGUUGGCCCUUUACAUGGAGAAGCUCCCCCCUUCUCUUGACCGCGGUUCUACUACUAAGCUAGACUCGUCAAGCGUGAGGGCGAUUCUAUACGACAUAUCGUCCGCUCUCGUUUACUUGGAGAGGAAAGGCAUCGUGCAUCACGACAUCAAGCCACACAACAUUGCACAUUCUCCUGCCCGGGGCGCUGUACUCCUGGAUUUUGGACAGGCUGCAGCAGCCAAAUCUUACGAGCCACACGGCGGAACGCCUGCCUUCCUGCCUCCUGAAUUCUUUGACCACGGUGACCGCGGUCAUGCAGGAGAUGUGUGGGCAUUCGGCGUUACAAUGCUGUAUGUGCUAGGCAAAACCCCAAUGCCCAGCUUACGGCUGGAUAUUCCUCUGCGUGACUUGUACAAAUUCGGUCGGCCGCCACAGGUGGGAACGUUGAUGAAGUCUUUUGGGCUACUAAGAGAAGGGUUGAAUCAAGAGGACGAGAUUGAAAAGUUGGUGUUUCGGAUGCUUGAACCGAAACCCGCGACACGAGCGACGGCCAAAGCCAUUGUGUCGGCGCUGGAAAAUAGUAAGUGA